GGUCCAGGUUCUCGACACCCAGGCGAAAGAAGUCAAGUCGCUGCUAGAUCGCCUACACAAGUUUUCAGACUGGUCCAAAAUGGUGAAAGCUAUCGCCAGACUCCAGCGCCAUGUGAAAGAAAUUAAAGGGCUUCAGCCAAAGUCCUGUGAAGCCUGCAGUUUGGAGGAAAGGAGAGAAGCGGAGUUGACAAUAAUCAAGAUGGUUCAAGAAGCAACCUUCUCACAAGAUAUACAGUUACUCCAAAGUGACAAGGAGACGCCAGUCAAGGGCAAAGCCAAUAAGUUGCACCGGUUAAGUCCAUUCCUGGAUGACCAAGGUGUCCUCAGAGUUGGAGGCCGCUUAUCUCAUGCUGCCCUACAUCCACAGGUGAAGCAUCCAGCGGUCCUUCCAAAGGACAGUCAUGUGUCAAAUUUACUUGUCAAGCACUAUCAUGAAAGAGUGUACCAUCAAGGACGAGGAAUGACCAUGAAUGCGCUCCGAUCUAAUGGCAUAUGGAUACUGGGCUGCAGCAAGGCUGUAUCAUCCCAUAUCUACAAGUGCACUAAGUGCAGGAAGUUCAGAAGAUGCACUGAACAGCAGAAAAUGUCAGACCUUCCAGAGGACAGAAUGGAAACAGCUCCUCCAUUCACCUACUGCGGUAUGGACUGUUUUGGACCAUUCUACGUAAAGGAAGGAAGGAAAGAGCUAAAGCGUUAUGGAUUGUUACUUACCUGCAUGUGUUCCAGAGCGGUUCACGUUGAGAUGCUUGACGAUAUGACCACGGAUGCCUUCAUUAACGCAUUGCGUUCAUUCAUCGCCAUUCGUGGAAAGGUACGUCAGAUAAGAAGUGAUCAAGGAACAAACUUCGUCGGAGCAAGACGAGAGUUUGCUGAAGCAUUGAAAGAAAUGGAUCAGGAAGAGCUCAAGCAGCUUGGAUGUGAGUUCAUCAUGAACACCCCAGCUUCAAGUCAUAUGGGUGGCGUCUGGGAAAGACAAAUUCGCACCAUAAGAAGUGUCUUGACGUCCAUUCUAGAACAGUCAGCUACGCAGCUUGACUGCUCCUCUCUAAGAACGUUCCUGUAUGAAGUCAUGGCAAUAGUGAACAGUAGACCUCUGAGCACUGAUUGUCUAAAUGAUUCAUCCAGUCCAGAGCCCCUGACACCAAACCACAUUUUGACCAUGAAGUCCACGAUACUCGCUCCACCUCCUGGGAAGUUCGUCAAGGAAGAUCUAUACCUACGCAAGAGAUGGCGUCGAGUUCAAUUCUUAUCCAACCACUUUUGGACAAGAUGGAAGAAGGAGUACCUCCUGAGCCUCCAACAGAGACAGAAGUGGACCAAAGAUCGCAGGAAUGCAAAGGUCGGCGAUGUUGUACUCCUGCAAGAUGAUACUACACCACGUAACCAGUGGAGGAUGGCAAAGGUUAUCGAAGUGUACCCAGGAAAGGAUGGGAAGGUGCGAAGACUCAAGUUGCUCAUCAGCGACUCAACCCUUGAUGAGAAAGGAAAGCGUAUCUCCAAACCUGUCCACCUGGAAAGGCCCAUCCAUAAGACGGUGACGCUGAUGGAAGCAGACUGAAGACUCCGACCUCUCUCUUUCUUUUCCUCCCCUCUCUCUCUCUAUCUGUCUCACUACAGGUGCAGUCAUGGUGAUCGUUCUCUGGGGAAGCCAAGGACUGAAGUUUAGUUUUUUUGUUUAUCCUUUCUACGCAGUAUGUUGUCUCUCAAUAGUUGAAGAAAAUCAUAUACAUGUGAUAUGUUUUGGUGGGAGUGUAACUGCCUCUGUGUCAGUCAGCGCAGUAUUUCUGAGUUAUUUAUUUUGGUAGGAACCAAAGUUCUCUAAGGCGGAACCUUUGUUUUUGUAUCGCCCGUUUCCGUCAGGACAUACUUUAGCGUAACACUCAUCAAAAAAGUCCGCUGAUUUAGUACAUGUUUUUCAGUGCUGAUGCAUCUGCAAAAUAGCUCUUAGCAUCAAGAUAAACAAUCCUACAGAGUAAUGCCAAGCUACACAACUUUCCUCAUGCAAUGCAGCUACUAAGUUUUCACGGUCUGGAUGAACCAAAUAAAUCCUGCCAGUAAACAAAAAGGAAACUCGUUGCUGUCGUUUGUACUGAGGGAAUUAUACCUAUGGUCAUGAGGGUUGGGUGAUGGCCGAAAGGACGAGAUCGCGGGUACAAGCGGCCGAGAUGAGUUUUCUCAGAAGGGUGGCUGGCGUCUCGGGAUAAGGUGAGAAGCUCAGUCAUCUGUGAGGAACUCGGAUUAGAGCCGCUGCUCCUUUACUUAGAAAGGAGUCAGCUGAGGUGGUUCGGGCAUCUGGCA